AUGCUCUCUCGCCUAUUAACCCGUUCCAGCGCCCUUGCUUGCCGCACUGUCCGCCAGCCUAGCUUCGCAGUGCGCUUGGCCAGACAACCCAGAUUGAACUCUGUUGCCAGAUCUUUCCAUGUAUCUGCUGUCCCUUUCAACAAACAAUGUCAAAAAAUAAGCCAAGUCCUUGAUGGCGAAAUAGCAUUGGAACUUGAAGAGGACGCACAUGCCCUACCAGAAUCGUUGCAAACUUUUUUCGACAAGACCGGAUUUUCUGCCGUGACUUCAGAGGGUAGAAACAUGUCUGAAAUUGUCCGCCAGACCGCAAGAGGUGAAUCUGUCCAUGUUUUCUUCGAUAUUGCCCAGGUCGCUAACUUGCCUCUAGAAAGCUCCGGUUUGGACAACGAAAUGGCUGCACAAUCCGAGGAAGAAGACUUUGACGGAGUUUCGGACAAUUUUGCAAACGUUAACGUCGUUGUUGUCAAAGACGCAGACCAAUCUGCCGCGUCCUUCGAGCUGCUCAUGAACUUACAAGAAGGCACGUUUUUCAUUGACAGCGUCACUCCCUACGCAAAAGCGAAGGCUGCGUUGGAUGAGUCUGCGGAUGCAGAGGUUAAGCGUGAACUUGUGUACCAUGGUCCUCCCUUCUCGAAUCUCGACGAAGAAUUGCAGGAAUCUCUAGAGGUGUACCUGGAAAGCAGAGGUAUAAAUGAGGAACUGGCCUCUUUCAUAGGUACCUAUUCCGAAUUUAAGGAGAACAAGGAAUACAUCAGCUGGUUGAAAAACAUGAAGUCGUUUUUCAACUGA